AAAUGAGAAAUUGACUUUUAACAGGACAAAAUAGCGAAAAAGGAUUCAUGUAGCUGAUCCCAUGUAGGGGGACAAAGGUUUGAUGUUGUUGUUGUUGUAAAAUCUGCAUAAAGUUUUGUUCACAAAGCUGGACAGCACAAAUUUUUAGAUUUUUAUGCAAUAUAAGAACAGAAAUCAACCCUAUCUCCUUUUCCUUUAUACCUAGCACCUAAAAGAUAAACUGAUAAUCAAUAUUGCAGGUGCUCCAAUUCAACACUGAUAUGAUAACCUAUUGAAAACAUGGAUCCCACAUACCUAGUUGCACUUACAAGGUUAGAAGCAUGCGCAUCCAUGGCCCUCCCUAACUGCUUACCAGUGGUCAAGUGAUGCCUGUCAUUAAUCCAUAUCAAAUGAGAUAUUUUUACAAGGAUUCAGUUACUCUUCUAUAUAAAUAGCCACAAACCCAUCAAAACAAAAUCAACUUGUUAGCCAGAAUAACUACUGUUUAAGAGCUCAUUACAGAUAGUCACAUAAAACAUGGAUUCCAUAACAGAAACACGUACAAAACCACCCGAUUGUCGAGAUUCAGUUGUGAUCCCGGUCGACGGCACCGAGAUUUUGAUUAUUGAGAAGAAGAGGAAAGGAUGGAGGGGCUUACAGUAUGUUGCUCAAGUGAUCCAGGUUGCAGAUUAUAAAAGGCUGGUUCAUGCUAUGAAGUUUGGGCUUGCUCUGGUGCUAGUCUCAUUGCUCUAUAUGCUUGAGGCAGUCCAUGAUAAGCUCGGUGAUAAUGCCAUGUGGGCUGUCAUGACAGUUGUGGUUGUGUUCGAGUACACUGCAGGAGCAACUGUUACCAAGGGCUUGAACCGUCUAGUUGGUACUAUUCUAGGGGGUGGACUUGGCUCCCUUGUUGCUAUAAUUGCUCAGGAGAUUGGUGGAGUUGGAAAAGCUGUGAUCAUAGGCAUUUCUAUUUUUAUCUUUGGUGCUGCAGCAACUUAUUUGCGAACAAUAGCAAACAUCAAGAAGAAGUAUGAUUAUGGAGUUUUGAUUUUUAUCUUAACAUUAAGUUUAGUUUCCAUUUCUGGUGUUCGUGUGGAUGAGAUCAUUCAAGUGGCCAGUGCCCGCCUCUCAUCCAUAUGUAUGGGCUUUGGCAUAUGUGCUCACGUAAGCUUAUUCAUCUUUCCAGUGUGGGCUGGUGAUGAGCUACAUAGCUCAUUGGCUUCUAAGUUUAAUUCAAUUGCACAUUCUAUUGAAGAUUGUAUGAAUGGCAAGAAAAUGAUGGGUGAAGCAAGAAAACCUUCAAAUUGUUUAUCUGUGCUUUCAUCUAAAAGUAUGGAUGAAUCAUUGGCAAAUUUUGCAAAAUGGGAGCCAUGGCACGGAAGGUUUGGCUUCUACUAUCCUUGGAGCAAAUACCUACAAAUUGCAGGACAACUAAGAGAGUUAGCGGCUUGCAUAACUUCUGCAGAAGGACAUUUGAAAGCAAAACAAGAGAUAUCAAUAAACCCUUUACUGUUAAGCAUCAAAGAGCAAUGUGAAGCAACAAGCUUAUUACUAGUAAACACAAUGACACAACUUAGAGACUGUAUCAUAUAUAUGAAGCAGUUUCCAAGGCAAGAACUUGUUUUAGAGGAGCUUCAGGCAAGGAGAGUUCAAUUAAGUUCUCAUAUUCAAGUCUCUUCACUAGCACUUACCAUUAACCAGAGUGCUGGUUCUGAAAAUGGCAUGAAAGGCAGUGGAGUUCGCAUUGUGAUCCAAGUCUUUUUAUUGGUUGAGAUUCUUGACAAGGUAGAACUGCUUGUAAAAGAGGUCAAGGAAUUAGGGAUAUCAGCUGGUUUUGUCAACCAAACACUUGAUGAUAAGUGCUAA